UCUUGGCUCCAACCGCAGCGUUAGGGCCCCGCGAGGGGAAAUGAGGGGCGCCGCUGAAGAAGUGGCGCCCACUGGGCAAGUGCCGCCCCCAAGACUCCCGGAGCUGGACGGCACCGAACUAAGGGCACCACCUGUGAGAUCGAGCCCCUCUAGCCCUGUGAUCAAGUGACCGCAGGGAUCCAUGGUCCGCGCGCACCACUCUCAGGGCAGGUGUUCCCAGUGCUGGCUCCUGUUCAGGUUUCAGUUCUGUGCCAAUUUCUCUCAUUUGCUCCCCCUCCCCCAAUACAAUCCUACAGGAUUGUUUUUUGUUUUUGUUUUUGUUGUUUUUUGUUGGGGGGGGGGGCGGGUUGCUGCUGAGGAAACAGCCUUUGAAAGAAUAAGUGAUAUGGGCAAGACCACGUAGUAACUUCCAAUAUAGGCACAUGGAUAGAUUCUGAGGGUACCCCUGCGCCAGGUUCUAAUUUGGAGAGAAAUAGCGUGGAGUGAGGGAACAAAGCUCAGCAAACAAAAGUCCAAUCUCCCUGACAUCAUGAAGUGAAAAAUGCCAAGACGUCGUCUGUGGAUAAGAGAAGAAACAAGAUUGUUGGGGGCCAUACAAAUAAUGACUGGUCUGAUUGUUCACUUCGUGGGACAGCUCUGGACGUAUUUGUUUACCACACAAGUUAUUGCAUUUGGAAAAGCGUAUCUUCCUCUUGUAGUAAUAACAAGAUACGCAUAUUGGUCAUCUGUGUGUUUUCUCUUCUCAGGAGUCUUUGCAGUAUUAACAGAGAGGAUGCGUUCAACGUUCUUGAUGUCCUAUGCUAUAGCAAUGAACAUCGUAAGUGCCUGCGCUGCCGUGAUUGGUCUGCUUAUACUAUCAUUUGAGUUUAUAAUAUACAGUUUGACUACACAAGCUCCUAUUUGGCCCGAGCGUGCACCGUGGCCCAUUGGAUAUACAAAGCUAAACAUCUCAGAUAAUAAAGAUGUGGUACACGGCAGAAGGGGAUCCUUUUCCUACAUAUUAAAGAACCGUAAUGACCUGAGUCAAGGAGGAAAGCAUAGUGGUGAAUGAAGAACUUCAUUUUGUUCAAGAGGCUUCUUGGAAAAUGCAUUUUAAUGAAGUCCAUCGUAGUAUUUCCUUUCCCCCAUUUCAUUAAUAAAAUUUUUAAUUGAUAA